GGUCAUUGAUUGGAAUGUGACCUUUAUUUUCGUUAGGCUUGACAAGCGCCGCGGUGGCUAAACGGUUAACGCUUGGGCAUCGAUAGCGAGGAGGCUUGAGUUCGAUCCUAACAUCGCGCAAUACUUUUGGUAGCUUAUUUUGCCUUUUUGGGUGUCCAAUCCGUUGUAAUGCAUUCUAUCGCGUGAGGGUGGCACAUAAGUCCAAACUCCACUUGCGACAUUUAUCUCAAAGAGGACGGACCUAUGUUGAUGUGGUCAUUGUGAGCUACUAUCUACCGGCAUAGUAUAAAUAAGAUUAUGUUAAAGUGAUUCACACAUUAAGAUAAUAGUGAUUGUGCUUGUGUAAUCCGAACAGGGCCUCACGCAACGCCCUUUGAGUUUGGAUCUUAAUAAGACCUAAGAACGAAAUCUUAGAUAUACCUAUCAUAAGGAUUAUCCCCUGAAUACGGAGCUACCGGGCAUAGGUGUUGGCAGAGUUCACCAUAAUUAACUCUCCUGGCGUCCAAAUUAGAUUAAGUUAGUUUAAGCUUAGGUAUUCUGUGAGUGGCUAGUUUUAAGGUUCUGAUAAUAUACGGUGGUAAUCACUGAUCUCGUUUCAUUGUGCAUGAAAAACCCGUAACAAAUAGCGCCCAACGUAAAAAAAAAUCGGGUGUAAUACACCGACAUUCUUAUACCGUCAUUGCAUUUUGUCAAAAUUAGUCUGGUUGUGAAAUGAAAUACGGGUUAAAGUUAAAUAUAAGUUGACUUUUUUUUGUGAGUGUACCCACGUAAGUUUUUUCUUAACUGGUAAUGGUAUGUUAUAUUAUGUUCUUUGUUUAGUUACAAUAUUACUUUUGUGCACUUUUUACCAUAAGUAUGUACAGUUAUCACUUUUUACUUGUUACCGAUUGUUGAGUUGAGGUUAUAUAUAUAGUUAUUAGAGUAUAAAGUAAGUUAGAAUAUUAAGAUAUAUAGUUAUUAGUAGAGGUUUUGUUUUUAUCUUGACGGUACCGAAGUAGCUUAACUAUUUUAAUUGAAGAUUAGUUUAGAAAGGUACCGGCGAUUUCUUCGUUCAAAUAUUGUUGUAAAGUAGGAAAAUAGAUAAGUAUCGUUAAUAUUAUUGUAAUUACGGUGGAUAUUAGCUCACAUUUACCGUUCGUAUUUGUUUAAGUAUUCGUUAUGGAUCCUUAUUAUUUGUUAAAAGAGGAAUUAGAGUUUGAACUUCAAUCGAGAGGAGUCCCCAUAAAGGGCAAUGUUGAUUUAUUGAAGAAACUUUUGAAGGAACUGCUCAUUACCGAGCAGUCGGGGUUAGUAAAUUAUGAAAUCAAGGCUCCUCGACAAGUACUAGCAUCACCGGAGGCGGAAUUAAAACACUGCAAGUCCAAAUUAACAACGUUAGCCACGUAUAUUAAUGAAAUAACAGAGAAACCGGAUAGACACUUAUUUAAACGAUUAGUAUCGCGGUUGUAUCACGUUAAAAAUAGGUUAGAACUUAUUUCGAGUGGGAACGCGGCCGAGGAUAAUAUUAAGGUCGAACUUUCCACGCGUUGUCAAAUGUUAUUGGACAAGCUUGAGGCAAAGGAUGACGCUGAAGUUCAGAAGGAUGAAAUUACUCCAGAGAUUAAACAAUUGUUACACGAAACCUUGGGUGAGGUUGGGGAUAAUAUUGUAAAAAAACUACAAAUUGAUACCGAGGAGAAUUCUGACAAAAUGAGACCAAAGUUAUUUAAAACUUCAACCUUGGACAUAGAUACACCCAAACGGAAACUGGUACCUAUUAGUCAGUGGGGUGUUUACUUCUCUGCGGACAAUAAAGUCAGUGUUAAUGCAUUUAUUGAGCGUGUUAAUGAAAUUAAAGAGGCUAGGAAUGCGACUGAUGAGGACUUGUGGCGUUAUGCGAUAGAUUUUUUUAAGGGUGACGCCUUGAUAUGGUUUAGAGCUAAUAAAGUUCAGGCUACAAAUUGGAAGGAAUUAGUGGUCUUAUUAAAAAGAACUUUUCAAUCACCGUUUUAUCAGGAUGACUUGUUAGCGGAAAUAAAGGCAAGGACGCAAGGUAAAGACGAAUCUAUAGCUAUUUAUAUGUCAACCCUUCAAAACAUGUUUAAUCGCUUGCCAUUGCCGAUUACGGAACAGGAAAAAAUAUCUAUAAUCUUACGAAACAUACAGCCAUAUUAUCAAAGAGCGAUCUGCAGGGAUGUGUUCUUUUCGGUCGCUGAAAUAGUAGAGGUUUUAAGGAUAGUCGAAAGAACCAAAAUCAAUUGUGAUAGGUUUGAAGAACCUAAGUCUCACACAAUCAACUUAGAACCAGAUUUAGCUUAUAAAAAUAAUUCACUGCCGGGAACCAGCAAAAAUGUUAACGAAGUUUCGGCAAAAAUUGAAAUAGAUAACGUCACAACCAGCGCUCAAAGGCUUAUAACAGGUAGGUGUUGGAAUUGUCGGGAGGUAGGGCACUUAUUUAGGUCAUGUAGUGUUCCUAAGCAGCGAUUGUUUUGUUACAAAUGUGGUCGUUUUGGAGUGACUUCUAAAGAUUGCGUAUGUAAGGGAAACGCCACAGGGGAAAGUAUGAAUCCUGCCAAAUAAACUUUCCCCUAGAUAAACAUAGUAAGGAGUGGCAGGACUGGCUUAGGACGGUAAAGAAGUUUAUGUCUCGCGGGGAAUUGAACCCAGUAGUUUUAGAAAGAGAUAAUGAUAAUAGGGACUAUGUACUUAUCGACAUUUUGGGCAUUACACAUAUAGCGCUUUUGGACUCAGGGGCUAAUCGAACUGUUAUUAACAGAGAUUUAGCUCAAACUUUAAGAGGUCUAGGCUUAAAAACAUAUCGCUCUAAGGACGUACAGGUAGCUACCGCCGAUGGUAAUCGUCAUAAUAUUACUGAAAUUAUAGAUGUUCCGGUCAAAUUCAAUGGGCGCUUUAAUGUAGUAAAGAUGAUGGUUAUGCCGAACUUGUCACAGAAAGUUUUAUUAGGAAAAGAUUUCUUUGCUAGGUUUGGUAUCUUCAUUGAUUUUAAAGGAGAAAAGUCGGAUUGCCGUCAGAUGAUCAACGCUUUAUCCUUACAAGAACCAUGUGUGGUUUCAAGGGAAGAUUUAAGUAUAGAGCAGCAAGAACUCUUGAAUAGGUUGAUUGAGAUAAUGAAACAGACAAUUGGCUCAGGAUUAGGACGCACAAAUAUUAUUAAACAUGAAAUUGACACUGGUGGUUGUAAGCCAAUACAUCAAAAGCAGUACAAUUUCUCGCCGGUAAUUAAACGUGAAAUUGAACGUGAAUUGGAUGAUAUGUUAGAAAAAGAUGUUGUAGAACCGUCACACAGUCCUUGGUGUUCACCAGUUCUGAUAGUUAAAAAACCAAAUGGGGAGAAUAGGUUGUGCUUGGAUAGUAGACAGGUCAACAAGGUGACAAAGAGAGAUACAUAUCCUCUGCCUAGAGUAUCGAACAUAUUAGAUCAUCUCAAAAACGCCAAAUUCUUAAGCACAAUUGAUUUAAAAUCAGCAUUUUGGCAAAUAUCUUUAUGUGAAUCGAGUAAAGAAAAGACUGCUUUUGC